AUGGCUGCCAGCGUCUGGUACUUCGGCUAUGGAUCAAACAUGAAAUCGUCUGUCAUGAUCAACCGUGGUAUCAUCCCUCUUUCUAUCAAGAUCGGCGUGGUACCAACGCACAUCCUCACCUUUGACAUUUUCGACAUUCCUUAUACGGAGCCUUCGUUUGCCAGUAUUGCCCUGCUGCCUUCGUCAUCAGAAAAAUCGUCCAUACCGCCAGUCCACGGAGUCUUGUAUCAGCUCCGGCGAGAGGACUAUCUCCAACUAGUCCGGUCGGAAGGUUCUGGAGUUGGUUACGAUGAAAUCAGCGUCGAAGCAUACAUCUUGGAGGUACAGUCUGAUGGAACAGCCUUCAGCACUAAGAAUCAACCAGACGGCCACAAUGAUUUCCCCUUUAUUAUAAGAGGACUCUAUCAGAACAACUUCGAAAAAGAGGGUUUUGAUCUCGAUACUUUGCCUAUCGGACAGACAGACUUCAUCCGGCUAAGAGAGGGUCAUGUCGGUGGUCAAUUCUGGAGUGCGUUUAUUCCUUGUGCGAAGCCCGGAGAUGAUGCUACACGCUCCGACCUCGUGGUCAUCGAAACACUUCAGCAAAUCGACCUCAUCCAUUCCAUGAUCGAGAAGUAUCCGCAUAUCCUCAGCCUAGCCCGCACAGCUGACGAGGUAUGGGAAGUCUUCCGAUCCGGACGAAUUGCCAGUUUGAUCGGAAUUGAGGGAUUGCAUCAGAUCGCCGACAGUGAAGGGCAGCGUAUUGCGACUCAGACGGUAGCUGAAGGGCUUCUGGAUCAACUGAUCUUCUUCUGUGCUUUGUUUUCAAUUCCGGCGCAUCGAGUUAUGAUUUAG